AUGAUGGGGGACUCAGUCAAGAAUGAAACCUGGUGGUCGACGAUUGAGGAGACACCAGUGAAUAUUGAGAAGCUUCUUCUGCUAUGCCACAACCAGGGACAAUUGGAGAAAGAAAGCUACAUUGUCGACUGUCUCACGCCCGCUCAAAUCGACGCAAAAUCCAGAUGUGCAAACUGUAAUGCUCGAGUCAAGCGUCGACCUAGGGCGUCCACUCCACUGAACCACAUCACGCUCAACGCGACCGACCGCAAUGAAGAAGAUCAUGGAAAGAUUGAUACGCCAGGAAGCAAGGACAUCCAGAAACGAGGAAAACCGCGCACAGAAUCAACUGCACAGGAUUUAAAAUCUGCCGCCACGCCGCCUCGCCCCAAAUGCAGGUACCACACGGGCAGAGUGAGGUACAAGAUCUUCUCUUGCUGUCGCAAACAUGUCUCCCAGCCUGGCUGCGUUAUCGAACAAGAACAUACUCUACCUCCUUUCAAUGACCCGAAAGCCCGCUAG